AUGGUAUCUACGACCUCUAUUAGUGGCACGAACGCUGGAUUUCAGAUAGGGCAAAAUAAUGGUCAUGUCGACGCACACUUUCAUUGCCACACUGAGCAAUCUGAGAUAUCCGCAAACCGAGCCUGCCUACAGGAUCUGCAAACAACCAAUCCUGGCCAUGACAAGGAUCGUAUCCAGACGGACAAGGGUGGGCUGUUGAGAGACGCAUACAGCUGGAUCCUCAACCAUGCUGAUUUCAAACAAUGGCGCGAUCAGCAACAGAGUCAACUGCUCUGGAUCAAUGGGGACCCUGGGAAGGGUAAAACAAUGCUCUUUUGUGGAAUUAUCGAUGAACUGACCGAGCUGGCCAAAUCCGCUCCUAACACCACUGUCAUCUCCUACUUUUUCUGCCAGGCUACCAACGUACGGAUAAAUCAUGCCACUGCGGUCCUCCGCGGUCUAAUAUUUAUGAUGGUUGAUCAGCAGCCAUCCCUCCUAUCCUAUGUACGGCGACAGUACGACAAGUCCGGGAAGCAGGUCUUUGAGAAUGCUAAUGUGUGGGAAGCGUUAUUAGAAAUUCUCACUGGUAUCCUCGGGGACCCGCUGUUACAAACCACCUAUUUAAUCAUCGAUGCUCUCGACGAAUGCACCACAGGCUUAGAUCGCCUUCUUGAAUUUAUCGCCCAGAAAUCAUCAGCAUAUCCACAUAUCAAAUGGAUCGUCUCGAGCCGAAACUGGCCAACCAUCGAAGAGGCUCUGGACGAGACGUCACAAAAGGCCAAACUCUGUCUUGAAUUGAAUGCGGUGUCCGUCACUAAGGCCGUCGCUGUAUUUAUUGACUUCAGGGUGAAGCAAUUGGCGUCAAAGAAGCAAUAUACCAAUGAAAUCAGGGAUGCUGUUUCUCAGCACUUGCUGUCAAAUGCACAGGAUACUUUCCUCUGGGUAGCCUUGGUUUGUGAACAGCUCAGCAAGGUCCACAAACGAAACGUUCGGAAGAAGUUACAAGAAUUCCCUUCUGGCCUCGAUAAGCUUAUAAGCGAAUGUUGGGCCAUAUUAGCGAGUCGGAUGAAGCUCAAUUCUGUAAAGCGCUCCUAA